AAGGUCAGGAUAAUAUUUAUCUAUCCUCGAUGAGGUUGAGAAACAACACUAAAUGAUGUGAACUGGAGCAGGGUUGACGGCGGAAGGAAAUAAAAGGGGGAAGCGUAAAAGAAAAGCAUUCAGAAAGUUUUCAGUAAAGAAUCAACAGCAUGUGUAUCUCAGCGGUGAGUGUGGGGCUGUUACUUUUCAUUUUGUGGAUGCUUGCGGUCCAGCUCUGUGGACAGACUAACCGGCAAAGAGAUGGAGAUGCCAAAGCAAGCAGCCAACCAGAAGCGGCUGUUCCCAAACUCCUGCAUUCCCUCUCUAAGCGCUUCCUCGGCCCCAUUUCUUCCCCUCUUCCUGGUCCUCCCUCUCUUCCUUUCCUGGGCAACAUGCUGGAUCUUGCCCAAGAACAUCUGCCCAUCCACCUGACUUCACUAGCACAGCGCUAUGGAAAUAUCUAUCGGCUCAACUUUGGCAACACAACUAUGGUGGUAUUAAAUAGUAGUGAGAUCAUCCGCGAGGCUCUGAUUAAAAAAUGGUCUGACUUUGCCGGGAGGCCUUAUUCGUAUACUGGUGAUAUAGUGUCAGGUGGAGGACGAACCAUUUCUCUGGGUGAUUUCAGUGAGGAAUGGAAGGCUCAAAGACGCGUGGCCCAUAGAGCUCUGCAACGCUGCACAAUGGAUUCCCUGCACUCUGUCAUAGAAAAGCAAGCACACCAUCUCUGCCAGGUAUUACGGGACUACAAUGAAAAAGCAGUGGAUUUAUCUGAAGAUUUUACUGUGGCCGCGAGUAAUGUCAUCACAACACUAACCCUUGGCAAAAGUUAUGAUAAGAGAGCAGAUCAGCUGCAGAAACUGCAUGAUUGUCUGAAUAAGACUGUGUCUCUCUGGGGUUCACCCUGGAUCUCAGCACUGGACUCAUUCCCUCUGCUUAGGAUAUUACCCAACCCUCCAUUCUCUCGCCUCCUGAAGGAGGUUGGCAGACGCGAUAAGCUGAUAGGGAAACACAUUGAGGAGUUCAAGAAAAGUGAUCAUAAUAAAGAUGGCACAGUGACUUCCUCACUUCUGCAGUCCUUGGAACCAGCACAAGGGGGAGCCAAUCAAACCCUGACAGACACUCAUGUGCACAUGACCACAGUGGAUCUGCUCAUUGGAGGGACAGAAACUACUGCUUCCUUGCUCAACUGGACAGUGGCCUUCCUUUUACACAGACCUGAGGUUCAGAAUGAAGUGUACAAGGAGCUAUGUGGUGUGCUGGAUGUUCGGUACCCCAAGUACAGUGACCGAGACAGACUGCCGUAUCUGUGUGCUCUGAUCAAUGAGAUGUUAAGACUUCGACCUGUAGCUCCCCUCGCUGUGCCUCACAGAGCCAUACGAAACAGCAGUCUUCUGUUUAGUAUUGCAGGCCAUUUCAUUCCCAAGAAUACACUAAUCAUUCCUAAUCUGUAUGGUGCCCACCAUGAUCCAGAGGUCUGGGAAGAUCCAUACAGCUUUAAACCAGUUGAACUGAUUUAUUGCAGAACGCUUUUUGGAAGGUGGUGGCGGGUCUGUUCGUGCCCUGAUUCCUUUUGGAGGAGGAGCCAGAUUGUGUCUGGGAGAGGCAGUAGCCAAAAUGGAGAUGUUUCUCUUCACGGCCUAUCUUCUGCGAGACUUUCAGUUUCUGCCUGCCAGUAAAGAGGAGCCUCUGCCUGACUUGCGAGGCGUCGCCAGUGUGGUUCUUAAAGUCAAACCAUACACAGUUAUAGCACACCCAAGAGAACAGUAACUGAUUAUAAAUACAGCGUCCUAAAACCCAGAUACGAGCUGACAUUUGUGAACUCUCAUCCCAAUGUUAAUGGUUUUUUAAUAGGCUAAAUGCCUGAAAUAAGUCUGUGGUUAACACAAGCUCAAGAUAUUUUCACAUUUCUUUCUACAACAAAAUACUUUAGUAAUACCCUACUCAUUUUUGAAAGAUUUUGUGUCUUGAAAAAGGCAUUGCUAACAAGUGGCUAAAUGGGACAUUAUGUUGACAGGGACAAUAAAUGGCACCACGCUGAGCUAGCUAAACUCAUCUAAUCACUAGUCCACUUUUAAAGCCUUGCUGCAUUUAUAACUCAAUUUUAACUUCAAUUUGUAGAUAAUAAAUAAAGUUUGCAAGAGGUGUGUGGAAAUGCUGAAGUCAUGCGAAAAUAGUGUAGUUCUUUUAUAGCCUAAUUUUAGCAUUUUACUUUUGUAGAUUGUAUUUAGGCUUCAAAAUUCAUAAAUCUUCAGGAAUCAUACAGUUCAGUGGCAUUGUUUAAGUUUAGUCCCGCCAAUAUGGCCGACUGAUGAUGUGUUGUGAAAACACUCUAUUAUGCAUUAAUAGAGGAUAGAAGAUUUAUGCAUUCCGGUUUAUUAACCGCAGGAAAUAAUGAGAAGAAUAAUGUGCAGUAAAUGGUAAAACUGUUUGAACUACAAACCAAUGUGUUCAUAAUUAAGAUAAAACAUUCAAAUAAUAUGGUAGGACUAAUUUGCAAUAUCAAGCAGCAAAAAAAGCUGUUUUGUACAGCUAAAAAAUAGCUGGACAUGGAUGAGAUCAGAACCAAACCCAUAAAAUGUACAAAUGGCUGCCCCCACUCGUAUGGGAAAAAUAAGGUGGAUACAAUUGUUUAUCUGUAAUAUUGUUUAAAGCCAGGGUAGGCAGUUUCUGCGCUACUAGAAACACAGUGGGGAAAAAAUUAUUUGAUCCCCGUUACGAUUUUCAGGCUGAUGUUUGGCAACUCAAACCUUCAGCUCCCCCCACACGGAAAUAACCUAUAUAAACAUAUAUGUUUUAAUAUAGGUUUUGAUAUAGGUUUUUAAUAUAUGUGACAUAUAUAAAAUUCUGUCCGUUUUCCUAUAUGUACAUAUAUGUGCAUAUAUGUACAUAUAUGUACAUAUAAUAUAGGAAAACGGCCAAUUUUAUAUAUGUCACAUAUAUUAAAAACCUAUAUCAAAACCUAUAUCAUGAAAAAAUCAUUCAUUUAUUUUUUUAUGCAAAAUAAAAAAUUAUUUUGCAUUUUCGUGUACCUCCACAUCCCAUCUAUAAUUUAAAUACAUUUAUUUCAAAAUAAAUGUAUAAUAUUUUAGAUAAAAUACACAUUUUAAUCAUGUCCCUAGGUUUUCACUCAGUCCUGUUACCCUAACAUAUUCCCCCUCUAAAAACUGGGAAAAUUCCACAAGACACAUUUUCAACAUAAUAUUGCAUCUGGAUCUUCUGAAGGCAAUGAAAUGCCCAAAAGCAUGUGGUCUCAUUUUCUUUUCUGUAUAUUUGAUGAUAUUAUAAUGGUGGCUGUGAGUGUCAAUAUAAAUAUUCCCUUCUGUUACAUAAACACUUUCUUAGAUGUUACAUGUUUAUUCAAAAAAUACAAAUCUUUGGUGAAUCACUAUCAUUUGCUGAGUUUCCUCAUAAUAUUUGUAUUUACUCCAUGUGGCUAUAUUUUAUGUAUUUGCUCAUUUUAUCCUAAAAUCUCACAUUUCUAAAAUCCUGUUACUUUCAGUCCUGUUACUCCUAUACUCAUCUAUAGUAACUGAGUAAUAGUAAAAGGAAUGAGUGAUUUAUUAAUGUAAAUAUUAGGCUACAUCCAUAUUAAUCUAGAUCAAUUUGAAAAUGCAUCUUUUUAUAAAUGUUUUGGCCUUUUAUCCACACUGAGACAAUGUUGUUAGUUGCAACUUCUGUCUUGUGGCAAUUAUGUACUAGACCCAAACAUGUGUUUAAGUGUGACCAGCGUUGUAAGAAAACGAUAUACACAAAAAAAAAAAAAACUGAAAA